GCCAAGACUUUCUCCCACAGUUUUCGUGAAUCUUCAAUUUUAUCUAAUCUUCGCGCCAAAUUUCAGAAUUCUUUUUCUACGACCACCUUCAUCACUUUGCCGCAACUGGAACCAUCGUUCGAGUCUUGAAGGAAUAACAUCAAUCAAUAGAAUCCCAUUCUAUCAAUCCAUUCAAUCUAUCAGCAAACAUGUCUUACAACAAGGAUAAGGAUUUCGCCGGUGAAGGCCCAAAAACCCACAAGAUCAGAAUCACCCUCACCUCCAAGAAGGUUGAGUCCCUCGAGAAGGUCUGCCGUGAGCUCAUCGAGCGUGCCAAGGGAAAGGAUCUCCGUAUCAAGGGACCAGUCCGUCUCCCAACCCAAACCUUGAAGGUUACCACCCGUAAAACUCCUUGUGGUGAAGGUUCCAAGACCUGGGAUUGCUUCGAGAUGAGAAUCCACAAGCGUCUCAUUGAUCUUAACGCCCCUACCGAGGUUGUCAAGCAAAUCAUCAUCAACAUCGAAGCUGGUGUUGAGGUUGAGGUUACCAUCGCUGCAUAAAUUACUUGAAUGUGAUGAGAAAGGGAGGAAAUGAUGGUGAAGAAAUAGGUCGACCACUUUAUCAGGGUAGACAAUUGAACGCUGUUCCUCUCA